GUGCUAGUAUACAGUCAUAAGCGACGCCUUUAGGCCCAUUGUACUCCUCAGCAAGAAACUGGAUUGGAAAAUGCGCUUAGUCGUGGGCUUGCUGCUUGGCUCCAGUGUUGCACUUGCUGCCCUUUCUUAUAUUAAGAUCCGACCGCGUCGUAGCACAUCAUGGCAUGCCGGGCUACCUGUGUUUAAGCUGAAGAACGCAAAUGGCAUGGAGGUCCAUGUUUCAGUAUUUGGAGCCGCUAUCCUAAAGAUGCUAGUCCCGGACAAGAAGGGCCACAGUGCGGACGUGGUGCUCGGCUAUGGCACUGUUGAGGAGUACGAGACCGCCAACCCCUGCACCUACUUUGGUGUGAUCGUGGGCCGAGUCGCCAACCGCAUCGCCCAGGCUCGCUUCCGUCUGGGCGGGACCGAGUACCGCCUGCUGGCCAACAACGGCGAGAAUGCGCUGCAUGGCGGCCUCAAGGGGCUGCACAAGCGGCUGUGGGAGGGGCGGCUGCUGCGCGGACAGGACUUCGAGGCCGUGCAGCUGCACUACACCAGCCCGGAGGGGGAGGAGGGCUAUCCGGGCACGCUGCAUGUGAGCGUUACGUACCGGCUGGCACGUGACUCCAACGAACUAACCACCACCAUCACCGCCACCACCGAUGAGGCCACGCCGGUCAACCUGGCGCAGCACUCCUACUUCAACCUGGCCGGCCACGCCUCCGGCUCCAUCCUGUCCCACCGGCUGCGGCUGCACGGCGCCGACCACUACACGCCCGUCUCGCCCGCGCUCAUCCCCACGGGCGAGGUGGCGCCGGUGGCGGGGACGCCCUUCGACUUCACGGCGGCGCAGGCGGGCGGCGGCGGCCUGCCCGCACACAGCAUUGGCAGUCGGAUUGAGCAGGUGCCCGGAGCGGCCCCGGGUGGCUACGACCACAACUAUGUGCUCUUCGGCAUGGGGCCGCAGGCUCGCUUCAUCGUUAAAAAUGGCAUGGCCAGCGACAAACCCAAGCUGGCUGCCACGCUGGUUGACCCCGGCAGCGGCCGAGCCAUGGACCUGCUCACCACGGCACCGGGCGUGCAGUUCUACUCCGGGAACUUCCUGGAUGGCACGGUGGUGGGCAAGGGCGGCGUGCGGUACGGCAAGCACGCGGGGCUGUGUCUGGAGACGCAGGGCUUCCCAGACGCCAUCAACCAACCCAACUUCCCGAGCAUUGUACUGCAGCCCCAGGACACCUACCGACACGAGAUUGUCUACCGCUUCUACAACGCUUGAACGUUUACCUCGAAGCAAUCGGAAAGUCGUUACAAAGACUGGCAGUACCGGUACAUAUCGAUCGGAUGCCAGAGAUCAGUUUUGCAAGAGGCGUGCGGCUUGUUCUGGCGUAAGAGUGUGUUAAUGAGUUUCCGGUGCAAGUUUUGGUUACGCGGCCGGGCUGACACGCGGCCAAUGUCACAAGUCUGGCCUUGGGUGCGAUGGUCCUAUUCCCGUCCUUAUUCACAAGCAUCGACGAGUACGUGCGCGCUUGGCGUGCUCCUAAAUUCAUGUCGUACCGUACUUCAUCUGCCUUGAUGGGGAAACGUGGAGGGAGGCAUGACACUCAGCUUCAAUGUCUAAGGGGUAAGGGAUCGUGCCUUUUCUAGUUUACGGCGUGGAUCAGAGAGUUCGGCUUGUUGGGACCCCUAUGCGCCCCGGGAUCAGAGGAUGUCGGUUUUAGUUACGUACUUGUGGGCCCCAUUGUUGGGUAUCUGUCUUAAUGGCAUUAUUAAAUAUCGUGAGGCUGUCUACAAGGUGACGUGGCGUUGGGUUUGAUCAGCAAUCGAUAAACCCAUGAGUGGUAUGUGUAGCCGCCAAGAAGCACAGCAGGUUGAGGGCAGGAUGGGAUGGUACCGGUUCGCUGUGUGCAAAGGCCAGCA